AUGGACAGCGGCGCUACACCAGGCCCAGGCGCACGACGCUCGAAUCCUAUGAGGUUGUCAGUAGACACGACUGCGAGCGCCAGUGGCUCAGCGUUCAGGAACAGGGUACUCCCGGUCUUGCCCGCGAGUGCGCCAGGCGGCUCAUGUCCGGGAGCAGCACGGACGCUGUCGGCCGCGACAGCUGAGGCGCCUCACGCCGCCUCGCAUCAGUUCCAGGAAGACGUCGACUCGUUCCCUCUACCCCCAGAGAUGCUCAAGGCGUGGACCGAUCUGGCGGGCGCUGAGGGCAUCAACGGACCGCCCUAUGUCACCCUGGACGCACCGGAGGCUGAACUGCUCGGAUAUCCCACUCCGACCUCUGCCGUAUCGGCCACCCAAGAAUACAAGUUCGACCCCGACGACGUCGAUGCCCUCGCCCUGAAGUCACUCCAGGCAAACAAUGCCGCUGCAGAUCCUCCCGCCCUCAUCAGCACCGUCAGCACCCCAGAUGACAAGUCACCCGCACUCCACACGCCUCCUUCCGAUCUGGCUCCGAGUUGCCACCCGCCGUUGUCAACGCUCGACUCGGAGGGCGCACUCAUCUCAAACCCCGUCGACCACACCCUUGUUGCUCCGGCUACAACGCCGCAAGGUCAAGGCAGAGGAUCCUUCGAUCAGCACCCCUGUGGCGGAGCGUGCAUUGCAUCCGCAGACCCCCUUGAACCGGGCUCUGCCUCUCCGCAGUCACUUGGCGAUGCCGCCUCCCGUAUAGCGACCCCUACAACGAUUGACACGGAUCAACCAGCAGGGGCGUUAAGUAUCCCGCGCGCAGCUGCCGCCACCAUCGUGUCGACCUCGAAAGGCUGUCUCUCAGCACCUCUGCCGCUCGAGUCCGCGUCCGCCAAUGCCACUAUCCAGCUCAAUCGCGGCAGUACGGUCCAUGAUAAGCAAGCCGGUGGACUGUCUCCUCGCUCCGGUCAUUUGGCGGAGCAGUCUCUUGAACCUUUGACCCCAACGCCCAGUCGUAUUAUGAACACGCGAACGUUCCCUACAGUCUCACAAUCUCCCUCGCCCGCGCCAGUGCAGUGGAGCGAGGACGUGUGUCGCAGCUCAUCCGCCCCGCCGCAAAUUGGAGCAACCGCCACGGACUCUGCUGAGCUGGCCGCAUUUGGCGUGCCCAGUCGCCCCAAGUCAUGCAGUGGGAAUCCUCCUGCCAAUCUGGCACUGACACCAGUCGAUUAUGUGGCAGCAAGAGACAGUCGCAGCAGCCAGAGUCCAACUACGUCACCCGUCUCACCAACCUACGAUGGCCCUGCCCACGGACCAGAGUACACGGGAGAACCUGUCCAACAGUUACAGUUGCCCGCAGUCGACGGCCUCACCCUGCAACCCACACUCAAGGGCGUUGAUGAGACAAUGGAGUGUCAGAUCACAGGCGCAGUGCCUCCCCUACCCACUCCGGAUGCGGGCAGCAGUGCAGAGCAGCCACUGUCCCCUAACCGGCCGCAACUCAAGUGGUGGCAAUCUGGCCCAUCGCCGUAUCAGCACCGGCCCCUGACACUCGUCAACGUGACCGGAUCUGGUGAAUUGCCAAAGUCUGCUGUCACCGGCUAUGUGGCUGGAGAAGACCACGCUCCUGUGGCGCCGGUCGAAGAUGACGAGGAGCUUAGCGAGCUAGACUCUGCCAGUGAGGCGGGGGCUUCAGAAGUCGCUUCCACCCCGUAUCUCUCUGCCGUCUCGACCCCUGCCGACACUCCGGCUGCUCAACAGGAACCUCCCAGCCCGACUAAGCCGCUUCCCGCCCACAAGCUCAAGAACAAGGGCAAUGCCCGUCAGUUGAUCGACCUUCAAACGUACAGCACGUCCAUCUUAGGCGGGCAGACAAUGAUGUCUGCCAAGCGGACGCGCAAGCGGGAGAGCAGUGAUACGGUAUGUCUGACGCUGAACCCUUAUCUCACACGACAGACUGCAUCCGUCAUCAACUCGCCCCAACCAUACUUGCCGCCACCUCCCAAGCGGCAAAAGGCGGGUUCUGCUGCUGGCGACAAGGUUUGCAACCAAGACCAAGCUGCAACUACGCCAAACGGCCGAACCCAAAAGGCUUCUACCACGAAACGCAAGAAGAAGCAAUCCGCACCUGAUGAUGAUCCGCCUCAAGCAGCUCAAAAGCGACAGCGACAGAAUGUGAAGCAGUCAGGAGCGUACCUUAGUAGACGAAGGUGGAACGAUUGCUCAGAAUCAACAAGCAGCUACUCCUUCCCAGCCUCGACCCUCGAGCACAUCACGGUCGCCCUGGAAGCCAGGAGAGAGUUCUUCGGCGACGGCAUCUUCAACAAUGACAAGAGCGUCCUCUGCCGCGCGGCUCUCAUCAAGGCCGGAUUCUCACGUUCAGCAGGCGCAAUCCUGACUCGCCGGCCCACGUUUGAAUGCGAGACCUGCCCUCGCUACUUCAAGACGGACGCCGCCCGGUGGCAACAUAUGGACGCGUGCAACCACUUUUCAAUCGAGUGCGACAUGUGCGACGAGACUUGGCCGACAAUGGACAUGCUGCGCGAGCACGAGCGCGACGACCACGACUACUGGCACUGCGAAGAGUGCGGGGACGGGUUCUAUGCCGAGUGGGAACUGCAGGAGCACAGAGAAGACGAGCACCUUCGCGAGUGCCAGUGGUGCGACAUGUUUUUCGAGUUCGACUCGCAGCUCGAGGACCACGAAGAGCACGCCCAUCACUACUGCCACGCCUGCGAGCGUCUGUUCAACUCGGCGCACAGCCUCGAGCAGCACCGCCGCUCCCGCGCCCACCUCGGCACGCCGAUCAAGUGUCCCUUCUGCUCGGCGGGGUAUGCGACGGCAACGGGCGUCGUGCACCAUGUCGAGCGCGGAUCGUGCCCGAACGCGCGUAACGUCGACCGCCGCGCGAUCUUCCAGAUGAUGAAGCAGCGCGAUCCGAACGGAUACGUCACAAAGCUGCUCCUCGAGUACGACACGACCAAGUACACCUCGACAAAGGGCGGGUGGAACGGUCAGGCCUGGGAGUGCUCCCUCUGCUACCGCGAGUUUGGCACGCAGCGUGCUCUCGACCAGCACCUCGCCUCCCCGGCUCAACCUCUACCACUGUCCCAACCGCUCGUGCCGCAAGGAUUUCUCGACCCUCGCCGCGGCCGUGAACCACCUCGAGAGCGAGGGGUGCGGAUACAUGAACUUCCACCAGGUGCAGAACACCAUGGGCACCCUCAUCGGUAG